AUGGUGAAGCAAAUUGAGAGCAAGUUUGCUUUUCUGGAAGGCUCGGAGGCUGCAGGUGAUAAACUUAUCAUGGCUGGCUUCUCAGCCACGUGGCGUGGGCCUUGCAAAAAGAUCAAGCUUUUCUUUCAUUCCCUCUUUGAAAAGUAUUCCAACAUGGUAUUCUCUGAAGUACAUGUGGCUGACUGUCAGGAUGUUGCUUCAGAAUGUGAAGUCAAAUGCAUGCCAACCUUCCAGUUUUUUUUUUGUUGUUUGUUUUUUUUUAAGAAGGGACAAAAGGUGGGUGAAUUUUCUGGAGCUAAUAAGGAAAAGCUUGAAGCCACCAUUAAUGAAUUACUCUAAUCAUGUUUUCUGAAAACAUAACCAGCCAUUGGCUAUUUAAAACUUGUAAUUAUUUUUAUUUC